AAUUUUAGUUGACAGCGGACCGAUCGAUGACAAAAUCUCUUAUCCAAGCGCUUCGGUUUUCCAAUAGUUGAUCAAGCCAGCUUCAGUGUGAUGACAUCAGAGAAUGGUCUUCAGAUGCAUGAAGACACCAACAAAGGCUGAGGUCGUGCGGGGGGAGUAAUAGGCUGCCCUGUGAUUACAACAGGGAGAAAACGUCGGGGACAAUGAAUGGUGCCACAGCGAACGGCGCGCGAAGACCACAAAGUUUAUAUGGCGACCCAGAAGAGGAAAAGCUAAGUUUGAAAAUUGAUAGUCUUUCGUCACAACAGAGAACACCCGGAUUUGUUUAUGUUCUGACUUUUUUCUCUGCUCUCGGAGGAUUUUUGUUCGGAUAUGACACUGGCGUGAUUUCUGGUGCAAUGAUUGUCCUCCGUGACGAGUUUCAAUUGUCUCUCGUUUGGCAGGAAUAUAUUGUCAGCGUCACUGUGGCCGCUGCAGCCCUUUUUGCCCCUAUUGGGGGAUUUUUGAAUGACCGACUGGGUAGGAGACCCGUGAUAAUGGCGGCCAGUGUGGUUUUUACAGUGGGCGCCCUCUGUAUGGGGAUUGCAGGCGAUAAAUACUUGCUUUUAGCGGGACGGAUAAUUGUCGGUGCUGGAAUAGGUUUGACGUCUACCACAAUACCUAUGUACCUCGCUGAGUGUUCUCCCGCUAAUGAACGUGGUCGUUUGGUUUCCACUAACAUCGCUAUGGUAGCGUGCGGCCAGUUCGUUGCUAGUGUCGUAGAUGGUAUUUUUGGAUGGUGUCAGUAUGACGUGGGAUGGAGAUACAUGCUUGGAUUAGCAGGCAUCCCAUCCUUUGUUCAGUUCUUGGGAUUUGUUUUUAUGCCGGAAAGUCCCCGGUGGCUUAUUAUAAAUGAGAGAGAGGAAUAUGCACGCCGUGUAUUGCAGACAAUGAGGGGUCACUUUGACAUCGACGAAGAAUUCGAAAGUAUCAAAAACAGCUAUCUAGAAGCACAAGACGGGGAGUCUACGGCACCUGUGUUGAUAAAAAUGCUCCGGACCCCGGCGGUGAGGCGAGCUCUGUUUGUUGGAUGUAGCCUUCAACUCUUCCAGCAGCUUUCGGGAAUAAAUAGUGUUAUGUAUUACAGUGCCACAAUAAUACGGAUGUCCGGUGUCCGGGGGGAUGAGACCACCAUUUGGUUGUCAGCCUUUACGGCAGCAGUUAAUUUCGUCUUUACGGUCUUGGGGCUAUUCUUGGUGGAAAGGAUUGGUAGAAGAGCGCUAACACUUGGCAGUCUCAUAGGGGCAAUUGUGAGUCUAGCUUGGUUAGCCAUUGGGUUUCAACUCUCUGCAAUGAACACGACUCCUAUUACGCUAAGAGAACAGACUGCAACGAUUUCCAAAUGUCAAACAUAUUUAGACUGUAAUUCAUGUAUGCGGGACUUAAACUGUGGCUAUUGUUACAUUGACUCUGACAAUGGACCAGAAAAUGGGACGUGCUUGAGAGCAAACUAUGAUGAGCCUUUUAAGGCUGUAACUGGUCGGUGUAACGAUACUCAUUUAGAAGGAGAUCUUACGUGGGCUUAUGACUACUGUCCUACAAAGUUUUACUGGAUGCCAAUGAUAGGCCUGGUUGCUUACCUCAUGUUCUUUGCUCCAGGUAUGGGACCAAUGCCUUGGACAAUCAAUUCAGAAAUUUACCCUUCCUGGGCUAGAAGCGCGGGCAAUGCGGCGUCCACAUUCACAAACUGGACAGUUAACCUCGCCAUGUCUAUGUCUUUUUUAAGCUUAACUCAAGCACUCACACGGUUUGGCACAUUUUGGCUGUAUAGCGGACUUGCUUUAAUUGGCCUUAUUGUGUUGGUGUUAUUCCUACCUGAAACCAAAGGAAAAACUCUUGAAGAAGUGGAAGGUUUGUUUGCAAGACCUUGGUGUGGUACAGGCCCCAAAGUUGACUAUAAUGUGGAAAAUAUACAGUAUGUUCACAUACGUGGACUAAAUAGAGACGGCAGGGAGUCUGAAAUUGAUUCACCAGACUGAGAAUGUUUGAGCAGCUCUGUUACUGCAUUAACCGUUAUGGAAAGUACAAUAUCUUGAUUGAUGAGAUGAGAAAGACCAAAGGCAUCACAAACCGCUAUCAAAAAAAAUCGUUGGAUUUUGCGAUCGUAG